GGGAAGAGAGGAGGCGGCGGCGCAAAGUGUGGGAGCCAUCCAUCCAUCCAUCCUCAGGAGAAGAAGGAGAAGAAGAGGAAGAGGAAAGAGGAGGAGGAUAUUCUCGCUGUUGGACCAGAACAAGAAACAUCACGUCGCCGCGUUAUGUAUAGAAGAACCAAAUCCCCAAUUUUUUAGACAGAGACAGAGACACAAAGAGAUAGAGAGAUUCAGAGCGAGGGAAUGAGGAAUCUUCUCUUCGUUUUUUCUUCUUCGUUUUGAAUUUUGUUGUUUGUUUGUUUGUUGGAUUUAAGGCGAGAGCCCGAGGAGGAUGUCGACGAGCGGCAGACAGGACAGACGACGUCGCAUCGCCGAGAGAGGACAGGACCGCUUGGCCCUCAUCACUGGCCGGAUCCAAACCCUUCCUCCUCCUUCUUCUCCGCCUCCACCUGAAUCGCAUCAUUCCCACACCGCCUCUUGUCCCCCGGUCAUAGCCCAAAGCACUGACGAACUUUUGUUUCAACCCAUUGUUUCAACUGAUGAUCAUAAAGCCCCUCGUUCUUUGGCACGACAAACUGCAUGUGUUGGUGAAUCUGUUGGAGUUAAUGAAAAUGAAGAUGGAAAUGUAGCAGGACCCAUUUUGCGCAAAUGUGAGACAAGCAUUGAAGCUUCAAGAGUUCCCUCUCAGGAAGUCGAACAUGGAGAACAAUCAUCUGAUACAGUGCCCCUGGUUCAAGAAGAUUCAUUGAAAUCUACUCCUGUCAGAGAUAAUCAACUUGAACCAAAGGUUCAUCGCCAUAAAUUUUUUACUUCCAAUAAGAUUAGUUCUGCAAUUGCAGCUUCAGCAAGGAUCCGCACUUAUUGUUCUGUAGCAGCAGCUGUCUUGGCGGUACUGUCUUAUGUUGGAUUUCCUAUAUUGGGAAGCCGCAUUAUAAAGAGCACCAUAUUUUUCAGGCCUUUUUAUCUGGUUCUGAUUACCAAUGUAUCAAUUGUGGUUGCGCGGCUCCUUUUAGAUAAAGAAAGAGGGUCAGAAAAGACUAAACAAGAAGCAAAUAACGGGGAAGCAAAUAAUGAAUCAUCACCUGGCGCAGAUGGUUUUGUGGACCAAGUAGGUAAGGCUCUGGAGACAGGUCUUCUGUUGCAGAACAUAAUGGGCUCAAUUUUCAUGGAUUUUAGUAUCUAUGCAAUUAUUGUAAUAUGUGGUAUCUCCAUGGCCAAAACAGUUGGAUGGUAAAAUGUUGAAGUUACUUAAUAAUGUAUCAGUCUAUUCUCUUCUAUGAUUUGGCCACUCAUGACCUAGGCCAAUUUGCUUUUGAGUGACUUCUAUUCAGUUGUAUUCAGUUCUUAUUCAAUCAUGGUUCCAAUUUUGAGUGACUCCUAUGAUUUGACAUUUC